AGGCCCCAACCUAAUGAAAAACAGGGCAAAGGAGUUGCGGCUACGGGAGACAGAUGGCGACCCUUGAUGACAAAUAGCCUCCGCCGUUUGUUGAUUUGAUGUUCAGAUCGGAUGCUCAAGAAAUGUUAGAACCAAGAACAACGCGCGCGCAAGACAAACGGCUGGUGAUGCACUCGCUAUAAAAGAGUACAUUAUCGCACACCAACUGUUUGAUUUAUGUUCCGAGUUAGUUCUAAUCUUCUGUUUAGUAGAGGAAUUUGGUAGUUUUAAGGAGGAACUGUUUGGAGCCUGUUAAGAAAUGAUGAACUUGAUAGAGUUUUGAUUAUUGUACAUGAACCCAUUUGCAAAGCUGCAGGAUUGAUAGGGGACACACUCUCCUUUUAGGUAAGACUUGAGGGAAAUAUGUAUAAGAAAGAGAAAUAAUAAAGGGAGUGUGUGUAGGCUGGAUUCCAUGUCGUGGUGUUAAAGCACUCUGUAGCUGUCUCUUUCUGUAAAUUUUGUAAGUCAAACAACAUCUUAGAACCCUUCAAUAGUCCAGGAGGAAAAUAUGAUUAAUAAACAAACACUUGUUUAAAAGUCACAGUCGAGGUGCUGUUUUAAUCUUAAGAAUUAGACAAAGUUAAAAGAGAAAAGAAGGAAAAAUCAAUUCGUAAUGGAUGUGAAAGGCAUAUCUUUUGUUUUGUUCGUCUAGGAUAGGAGAGGUGCGAGUUUGGAUUCUUCCUUAAAAGAACCCAAUCAAACGCCAAAGCUAAUUAAAAAAAAAUUCUUCUUUUGGGCCUUCUCUCUAACCAGACUUUCUCUGGUUUCAAGCUGUCUGAUGGCAUAGGGAUCCUAAGAAAGAAAGGAAGGGCGUUUUAGUGAUUCCUCUGUAGACUGUUUAAGUGCUAACAUUAAGCUUUAAUCUCUGGGUAUGGGUCUCUGAUUGCUUUACAGCAAUGUCUUUGCGGAUUUUUCUUCUGCUUUUGGAUGGUAAAGAGAAAAUCUUCCGCUGCAAUAAAACAACGCUAUUAAGCUAUGACUACAAGAUUUUCCACAGUAGAUCCUAAACUUUUGUUUUCUCAAACCUCAAAAUAAGGCGAUGGAGUAUUCAUUUCUUAUGGUCAAAAAAACUAUGUUGAGUCACCAAAGAUCCCAUAAAGAAAGAAUCUAAAAUUUGAAUGGGACAUGACAUGCCUUACUUAGUUCUAGCAGAAAGAGAGAGAGAGAGAGAGAUGGACGGAAUGGUAAAGCAAGUUAAAGAGAGAAAUGGGGUUGAGAAUGGCAGGAGAUGGCAUUGGUUUGAUGGAGGUAGGCCAUUAAGUUUUGAGAAAAAAAAACUCUCUUUCUCUCACUAAAAAAGGCAAAGUGGGCAGAGAACUUUAAUCCCCAUGCAAACAGUAGUGUGUACCACACACACAGUUAUGUGGUCGCUCUCGGUUCGGUUGCUAUCCACAAUUUACUUUUUCUGUUGACAUCUGUGCAUCUCUGUAAUCUUUGCUUUAGAUUUUGUUUUAGAUUGCAUUUUCUGCGCUUACAAGAAUUUCAUUUAAUAUACCCUCACAGUGUUUAGAUUUAGAAGGAAUUUUAGGGCCCUACUACGCCUAUACUCUUUAGCUAACCUCUGCACUAAAUGCCCCUUCAUUUCUAGUAUGGACUUUGAUGUUCUAAAUGCCAGGAAUAGAAUAGAGGGCUUUUCUUUAGGAUCAAACUGAGGGGCUGCUCAUUUUGAACCCUGUGAUUUGACAUGUUAUCACAAUAUUUGAUGUUCCUUUAGCAAUGAAAUGCUAUUGGUAUUAGAUCUAUUGUGGGGGAAGGAGGCGAAUGAUGAAUUUUCUCAUCAUUGCUGCAAUCAAAAGGAGAGGUUUCUCUCUUUAAUAUAAUUUCCCAGAUUCAAAAACUCCAAAAAGGAGAAAUAAAUAACCCCACUUUUCUUUAGAAAACCUAAUGAUGCCCUCUUGAAAAUCUGUCUCUAAGAACUUAGUCAUGCAAAAUUACAUGCAAAAAUAUGGUGAAAUAUAUUUUCAAGACGGAUGGGAUGGAGACUUCAAAAGGGACCCGGAAUGGGAAUUGCAAUCAUGAGAAAUUGGACUCUAAAACUCCAUUUUUCCAAGUUGGUUUGCUGAUAUGUGCUUAUGACAGUUUGUUGCCAAUUUUGCUUUUUUAGUGUUUCAUUUUCCUAAAGAUUAAUUAAAUAUGCCUAUCAACGAUUUCUUUGUUUGAUUGAUCGAUAAUGGACUUGACAAUUUUACAAUCAUAACCCCUUUGAAAGCCAAAAUAUCAUUUUAAAUACCAAAAUUUGUUAUUGCCUUUAAGUGUUCUCAGAAUCAGGUAUAGAACAAGCUGUUUUAAAAAGAAAUGUUUGAAGACAAAACCAGUAUGAAAUCCGGCUAAAAAAAAACAGUUCUCAAAAAUUACUUUAUGUUUUUGGAAUUUAGCGAACAUUUCAUAAGGAUUCAUAAAAAUUGAAAAGAACAGAAAAAUCUAGUAAAUGGUCCUAAUUCUUUUAAAGAGGAAUAACAUCUAAAAGUAAAAUGGAUAUCAAAUUGAAAACAGUAGCAUAGAAGAAAAAAUUGGCAGCUCUCAAGAUGUUAGAACCAUGGUGGGGAAGGAGAAUAAUUGUGAAUGCUUGCCGGUCUUGUAGCCACCAAAUGAAGCACUUGUAAUUUGCUCAAUAAUUGAAAGCCCUGUAUUUAAUUAGAUGCAGCUAAGAACACUCAUGUGCUGAAUUAGAUUUUGAAGUUUCUGUGUGUCACUGUGCUGGUAUUUGUCAAGAAGUGGAGUUGGCAGCUUUCAGAGGCUUGAUACGAGACAAAUGCAGAAGAUCCCACAACUGUUCCUUUUUAUUCUAAUAAAUCUUGACCAUCUUCUUUCUUGCCUUUAGAUUAAUUUUCACCCCCCUAGUGUUAACUUUUGGUAGAAAAAGAGAGGUGAAUGAAUAUACAUGGAAAAGAUUCGGAUUGAGAUGUUUAUUUGUGCUACUUAUUAGUCAAAAAGAAAAUAAGGGUAGAAAGAAAACAGUAGCAAUUACUAGUGAUUUGAUGGCAACCUCAUCAUAGUCCCGUUCCCAUAUGAUUUUGAAGUGGGGUAACACAGACAAGUAAGGAUUGCAUCUCUCUGUUGAUAAGAAACAUUUUAGUUAGAGUUCAAAUAUAAAACUAUGGGUGUUUUGAGUUUUGACUCCAAGUAGUUAAUUUAUCUUACCAUACAUUUUUUAAAAAAGAUUUAUGAAUCAAAUGCUUUCUAGUUUCUGUGCUGUGAUUUAGGAUUUGAAUUUUGAAGUCUAGUAGAUUUGUUGAGCGGGCAAUAUUUAUAAGCAUGCGCUGAUUCUGAUAAAAGAAAAGAAAAAAAGAACAAGAAAAAAGCUGCAGAGAACUCUUAAAACGCAUUCCCACCAAGAGCUCAAUGGCUAAGGAGGAAGAUUCUCUGUUGUCCUAAUUGGCAUGAAAAAGUGUUGUUUAGUUGGGUGGCUAAUGGCUGUCUCCAUAGUCGGCCAUUGCACAACUCAUUCAACGAGGUGGCGUUUUGACAAAAGGGGCCUCUUUACACUUUUUUCCCCUCUCCUUCUGAAGCAGUAAGCAGGCACCGAAUAAAGAGACUGUAACAUGGGGUGGGAUUAGCUCACACGAAGAGGCAAAGGCAAAGGCCUAAAGACUAAACAGCAGGGUUUUUGAAGUCAAAGGAUGAGCAUUGAGCAAUUGAGUAGAUAGGGAGAAACGGCGCCGUAUGCGGCGAGCUUUUCUUAUUUUUCUUGUUAUUAUUUUUUUGUGACGGUAGCUGGCAUAUACCUAUAAGCCAUGAGAGGCUGUUUGGGAUGCGUAGGUCCAUGCAGUACAGAAGCUGCUCAAUGUAUGAAGUGACUAAAGGGACAGUUUGUCUUCCGUAUGUGUAAUCUUAUUCAAGGUCCUCAGAGACCUCAUCAGACCAUUUAAUCAAAAACCAGAACACAUUAAUACGGUGGAACCCACUUCAUCAGUGCCCACUAUUAGUCAAUAAUUUUUCAAGGGUACUUGACUUUGCUUCCUUUGACUUAUCAGAAGGGGUGGGGUGCCCUUCGUGUCGAAGAAGAUUACACAGAGAGCAAUGAAGGGUAUCCUUCUCUCUUGAGUCGUGUUAUUGUAGUUAGUAUGCAUAGGACGAAAGAUUUGCAUGUUUAUAUAAAUCUAUAAAAGCCUCAGCAAAACCAUGCCUUAAAUCCAAUUGCAUAGAAGGAGCAAUUAAGAAAAGAGAGGGGUAGGUGAGAGAGCGUAAGGUAAAGCAAAAGGAUGGUCUUUCUCAUACACAGAUCCCUAUAGAAAUGCACCAAAGCAUGCCCCCCAACUCUCAUUCUAUUUGCUCGAUUUAAAGCCCCUUGCUUUCUUCUUCAUUUUUCAAACAGAGAGCGGGUUGUUUUGUUAUUGUAUGACGGGUUGGACAUAUUUCUCUCUACUGCUAGCCAACAAACAAAAUAUAUUUAGUCUCUAAGUGGGGGUAAACCAAGGAUUUGUUGGGGUCGUUAGUUUUUUUUUUUCUUCCAAUCAUUGAGACUUGCUCUAUAAUUUAGAGCAUAUUGGGUUGAAAAGAGAGUUAGAUUGAACUGAAGGUAGGGGGAAUUCCAUGAAUAAUGUUAAUGGCAACAACUGUAACUGGUUAGGUUUCUCUGUGUCCCCUAACGUUAACAUGGAGCUUUCUUCUUCCUCUGCUGCUGCUGCCUCCCCUUCAAUUCCUGCAAAUCUUUUUCACUCCCCAUCUCAGUAUAACUAUGGCAUUUACUAUGGUGUUGAUGGAGAACAUGGUGGUUUUUAUUCACCAUUGUCUGUCAUGCCGCUCAAGUCUGAUGGUUCAAUUUGUUCAAUGGAAGCUCUCAGCAGGCAGCACCCAGAAGCGGUGAGUAGCUCUACUCCAAAACUAGAGGAUUUCUUUGGUGGUGCUACUAUGGGGUCCCAUCACUAUGAAAGCAAUGCCAGGGAAGCUAUUGCUCUCAGCUUAGACAGUAUAUUUUGCCAUCAAAACCCAACUCAUGAGCCCAACAACCAACCCUAUGCACAUUUUUCAUCCUUAAGAAGCCGUGAAGUGAUGCUUCAAGACUCGAAGGUUAUUCUGCCCGAUGGGUGCAAUCUGCAGCAGGAGCAACAGCAGCAGCACCCAACAGUGGCAGAGAGUGAGAUUUCUGGUAUGAAGAAUUGGGCUGUUCCUAGGGGCUAUGCUGCCACUGACAAUAGUUCCUUCGAACAGAAGAUGGUGAGUUUCAUGAGUGAAAAUGGUGGUGAAUCUGGUCCCAUUAAUGCCAUGGCUUAUGGAGAUUUACAGUCAUUGAGCUUGUCCAUGACUAUGAGUCCCAGCUCUCAAUCAAGCUGCGUCACAGUCACACAGCAUGUCUCACCUGCCAUGGGUGACUGUUCUGCCAUGGAUUCAAAGAAAAGAAUCCAUGAGAAGUUGGAUCAGAAGCAAAUUGUUCAUAGGAAGUCUUUAGAUACCUUUGGUCAGAGAACCUCACAGUAUAGAGGGGUUACAAGGCACAGAUGGACGGGUAGGUAUGAAGCACAUUUAUGGGACAACAGUUGCAAGAAAGAAGGUCAAAGCAGGAAGGGAAGGCAAGUGUACCUUGGAGGUUAUGAUAUGGAAGAGAAAGCCGCUAGAGCUUAUGAUCUUGCUGCACUCAAGUACUGGGGACCCUCCACCCACAUUAACUUUCCUUUGGAGAACUAUCAGAAAGAAUUAGAGGAAAUGAAAAACAUGAGUAGGCAGGAAUAUGUUGCUCAUCUGAGAAGGAGAAGCAGCGGAUUCUCAAGGGGGGCCUCGAUUUACAGAGGCGUAACAAGGUCUAAUAAGUCUCAACUCAAAGCUUUACAUCAUCAACAUGGAAGAUGGCAGGCUCGGAUAGGCCGAGUUGCUGGUAACAAAGAUCUGUAUCUUGGGACAUUCAGUACUCAAGAGGAAGCGGCCGAGGCCUACGACAUAGCAGCCAUAAAAUUUCGAGGAAUGAAUGCAGUUACUAAUUUUGAUAUCACAAGGUAUGACGUCGAGCGGAUCAUUGCUAGCAACACGCUUCUUAGUGGCGAUGUAGCUAAAAGAAAGCAGCAGCCGGAUUUUAAUAAUGAAUCUCUUAGUGAAAGCCCUCCUACUCACAACAGCAAUGCAGAGGCCUCUAUGCCUUUGCCCUCACAGAGUAGUCAAAGUGAAUCAGACUGGAAGAUGGCUCUCUAUCAGUCAUCCCAGCAGCAGCUCAUUCCAAAGCCUCGGUUGUUGUCUGCAAUAACCGACGAUGGUUCACAGCUAGGAGUCGAAGACUCGGCCAAAAUGAUGGGAGCUCAUUUCUCCAAUGCAUCUUCAAUGGUGACCAGCUGCAGCUUGAGCAGCUCAAGGGAGGAGAGUCCAGACAAGACAAGCCUUUCAAUGGUUUUCGGAAUGCCUCAACCGACAUCUAGGCCGUUUGCUGCCCCAGCUAGUAAUAUGAACUCCUCCUCCUGGAUUGCAUCUGCCCAACAGUUGAGGGCAGCCAAUUGUAUGAGCCAGUUGCCAGUUUUUGCUGGGUGGACUGAUACUUAAAAAAAGUAAAAAAGGAAGUCAUUUGAUAUUUCCUGAUAUGGCUCCUUCCAUGUUAAAGAACUAAGAACUUCAACACUCCCAACCAAAACCAUCCUUAUCAGUUGAAAGUUUUUGUGAGAAAAAUUCUGUAAGAUGAGGAAUAGUUCAAACAGUAGACGAUUGAAGUUCAAAUUGGAAUCUGUUUAUUAUUAUUA